AUGGCAAAAGACUCGAUAGAGUCUGGCAUAUCUUUAUUAACAAAAUGUUAUCCUAAUGGCACAUUACCCCCAGAAAUAGAUGAUGAAGGAAAUAUAGAAUACAAGCUCAAGUUGAUCAAUCCGUCUCUUGAGCGUUUAGAGCAUCUCAUCACACAAAUGAAAUGGAGGUUAUCUGAAGGAAACGGAGAAGCAUUGUAUGAAAUUGGGGUAGACGAUGAUGGCACCAUCAAAGGCUUAACUAUUGAAGAAAUGGAAAUGUCAAUCAACACAUUACGAAAAAUGGCAAAAGCACUUGAUGCGGAUGUGUCCAUUAUGAGAGAAUUCACCUUGAACGACACCAUGAUUCACAAAUCAAAGACACAGCAUAAAGUAGCCGAGGUUUUAGUCAGAAAGAGGCCCAGUGAAGAUGGUAGCCAGCGAUUCACUGAUCUGCGUAUCGUAUUAGUAGGAGGAUUAGGGGCUGGCAAAUCUACAUUGCUAGGACAUUUAUCACAUGGAGCUAAAGAUAAUGGCCGAGGACGAGCAAGAUUGAAUCUCUUGCGGCAUCGACAUGAGCUGGAGUCAGGCAGAAGUUCAUCUAUAUCACACGAAAUCAUUGGAUACGACUCUGAGGGAAAACUGAUCAAUUACGCCUCCACUAAUAUCAGCACUUGGGAGCAUGUUUGCGAAUGCAGUAGCAAAAUCAUCACCUUUCUCGAUACAUGUGGCUAUCCAAAGUAUCUUCGUACCACCAUUUCGGGCCUCAUGGGUUAUGCGCCAGACUAUGCGUGUCUGGUCAUUGCAGGUAAUGCGGGUAGUGUUUCUGAUAUGACCCGAGAACACUUGUCAAUUGCCGUCAUGUUGGACGUACCUGUCUUUGUCGUCAUUACAAAGGCUGAUUUAGCGACACAAGAUCAACUGCGGCGAACCUUGUGCUCAUUAUUGGCCAUACUGAAAUCACCUUGGAUGAAGAAGGUGCCUGUGGUAGUGCAGAGUGAGAAUGAUGUGGUGAAUUGUGCUUCUCUUUUCGCCAGCAGACGAGGGCCCGAAUUACCUAUUUUCAUGGUGUCUAAUGUCUCGGGCUCGAAUAUGAACUUAUUGAUCAAGUUUUUCAACUAUUUGCCAAAGCCAACUCGACUAGAUUACGAUGACUUGUUGGAAGAGCCUGCAGAAUUUCAGAUUGAAGAUGUAUACACGUUGCCAGAUGUCGGAACUGUGGUUGGUGGUGUCCUUUGUCAGGGCCGAAUUAGCAUCAGAGAUCAGCAAUCCUACCAUUUAGGUCCAAACGCUGGGGGUGAAUUCAUACAAGUGCAAGUCAAGUCUAUUCAUCGCCAUCGGAUGGCAGUGCCUUUUGUUCACUGCGGACAAACAGCGACGCUUGCAUUGGGGGAUCUGGAUGACUGGAAAUUACAUAAGGGAAUGGUGUUGCUUGGAUCAGAUAAGGCUGAGAGUUACAUGGAGUUUGAAGCUGACUUAAUGGUGCUCUAUCAUGCAACCGGCGUCUCCACAGGUACCUGUGGCAUGAUUCAUUCAGGGUCGAUACGACAACAUGCAAGAGUCAUCAGGUCAUCAUUGAAUACAUCUAAUGAGGACGAUGAUGAACAGGUAUCCUCAGAUAUGGCAGAUUUGACCAUAUCUGUGUCGAGUCUCUCCAAUUCUAACGUUAUUGUAUCGGGUCAACAAGGCAGAUGCAGAUUCAAAUUUAUGUAUGAGCCUUGCUACUUGCGUUUGGGUGCCCAAAUUUUGUUUAUGCAAGGCAAAUCAAAGUGUCUGGGGCGUGUUACUCGUUUAAUACCUAUUUAA